AUGACUUCACAAACUACUCCAUCUAUCAUGAUUAUAUUUGAAGCCGGAUCAUCAUUGUCAAAGCUUCCUCUUAAAUGAAGAACUGUUCCACCUUCUAUUGAACCUGCUAACUCAUAGCCCAUAUUUAGGGGCUCUAUAACCAAAAGGGGUUUAUUUUGUUUCAUUUCUCUUAUGUUUUUAAAAAUCCAAAUUUUGAAAAUGUUUGAAUGACUAAUCUUAUUUAGUUUUAAGAGAGUUAUCUGUCUAAGAUUUAAUUUUUUUGCUUGAGAUUUAGUUUUAUUAUUAGAUAUAUUAAAAUACAUGUUGUUCCAAGGAUAUAUUUUUUUAAAAAACAAAAUUUUUCUCUUACUAAGGGGGAAUAAGUAUCCUUGGUUUAAAACUGAAGGAUCGAUCGAGAUACCUGAAAUGGACUGGUAUAAAAAUAAAAUAAUAUGGCAAGCCAACCCCAUCCUCUUGAAUGUAGUUGGGAUUUCACAGUGUGCGUAGGGACCUUGAGAAAGGCAGAUUGCGUUCGGGAAUGUUUAUCUGGCUAGUUUUUCCUGGUUUGGUGAAGCGCAAUGUCGGGUUGGCCGACAAAGCUUACUCCAAAUCCAGUUUUUUGCCUUACUCCCCCCCCCUCCGUGAGUGAACAAAAAAAUUUUGUUCACUCACGGAGGGGGGUUAAUUUUUUUUUUUAAAAAAAUUUAUAUAUAAAUUUUAUAAAAAAUAUUUUUUUUCGAAAUUUAAAAAAAUCCUAAUUCGCAAAAAUUGAAAAGCAAAUAUUAAUUUAAUUUAUAAAAUUUAUGUUUUAAAAAGCAAUUCGUUUAAAAUUAAACAGAAUUAGCUCUAGAUUUCAUUAUACUAAUUAUCACUUAUAUAUCAAUUUUUUUUUCCAUAAAAAAUUUUUCUAUUAAAAAAAUUUUUGUUCACUCAUGGAGGGUGGGUUUUUGGGCAAAAAAUAGCGAUUUUUCUAAUGGUUUUGUUCACUCACGGAGGGGGGGAGUUAGAGAGAAAUAGGUCUGAGAGUUUGAAAAAGGUCUCUCAGUAGAGUCAGUGCUCAUUCUGGCCAAUCAGGACUAUUCCCCAGUGUGAAACUAGGAAUUACGUCCUGGCUGAGAGUCGACAAGAAAAAUUCAACCUGGCAACAUUUGCUUACAACAUGGUCGCGCAACUCACCUAAAUACCGAGUCUAUUAGAAAAUUCAACCUUUUAAAUUUUUAAAGGCGAGCAACUUUUGUUGAUGUACGCCACAUGGCUCACCCAACUACCGGCAGCAAACAUUCCAUUUGUCUGGCAAGAGAAAUCUUGGUUCUGUUGUUUACAAAAGCAGCAGGAGAAAGGAGUUCCAGUGGAGAUGUUUAUUAGGGAAUCUCAGUGGGCUUCUCGAUAAGUAAUAAUAAGCUAAGCCUGAAAUAUAUUGUCCACUCACUCCAUCAGUCCCAUCCACCGAAAUAAGCAAAGCCUGAAAUAGCAAAGCUAUAAUAAUCAUAUUUAUAAACCAUUACUUAUUUGCUGAAAUUUUUCAACAAACACCAAUAAAAAAAUUUAUAUCCAAAUGCAGAGACCAAAAACUAUAUUUUCAAUUUUUAUGUAAAAAUAGAAUAAUGCUAACUACUGCCGAAAUUUAGGCUCUAAAUUAGGUAUAAAAGAGAUUAA